CAGAGGUAAGAAGAUAAGCAGUGUCAAAAUGUAGUGUGUGGCAAAGAUGUUACACACAGUAUCUAGGAGCAUGUUGACAGACUGGUCACAAGCUACAGCCAUGCUAACAACAACACGUAUCCACAUUGCCGCCGUCCUUUUGCUGGCUUCCGUCACAGGUGGUGGUCAAGCAUGCAGCAACGAGUGGACAUCCUUCGCUGGUUCUUGCUAUUUGCUGGGAACUGAUGCCGUCACGUGGACGGACGCUGAGGGGAUGUGUCGUCUGCUCAGUGCAAACCUGGUGGAAAUCACUUCAAAAGAGGAAAGCGACUUCAUCAGUCGCUUCCUUUCCGGCCACUCUGCCAUCUCGACAUGGAUCGGUGCCACGGACAUCUUCUCGGAGGGAAAGUUUGUGUGGAUGCCGGAAGGUGAACCUGUCAACUUCACCAACUGGGCUCCAGGCGAGCCCAACCACAACACAGGCACUGGCAGCGAAGACUGUGUCAUCCUGGACGAGAACAGGAGCUGGCACUGGAACGACAUCGCCUGCACCACAGCCGCCUACUUCGUCUGCGAAAUGAGCGAUCUGUCCAUCGUAGGCUGAAGAAACAGGACGGAAACCGUUGUUUAUCCCAACUUGCUGUGUGACACAGUAUUAAACAUAAACAUAAACAUAA